AGGUGCAGGGUCACAGUGGGGCCCAUUGUGACCUCACUUGGUGACAACCACUGCACCGCACGUGCUCAGCGCAGCUGCGGGCCCCAGCCCACACUGUCCGGCAGGACGGUGACAGGAGAGGGUGUGCGAGCACGGAGACAGCGAGUAGCCCCCGAGCGACAGCCCACCUCUUUCAGAGAAUUGGAGAAUCGGAGACUUCUUUUGGUUGGAAGCGACCCCUAAGAUCAUCGCAUCCAACCAUAUCCUAAUUCUAGCUGCCCCCGGCAGACUCCCCUCUGCCCCCGGCAGACUCGUGGCGAGGACUCCUCGAGCACAACCCACAUCUUUGCCCUCUGCCCCAGGCAGGCUCGUGGUGUCGCGCCAAAGCUUCCCCCUUCACCAGCCCAGCCUCUUUCCUCAAACCCGAAAGAUGGCAGAGAAACUUCUCAGGGUGGCCCUGAAGGAGGACAGGGCUCCUCAGGAGAGCAGCUCUCCAGUGGAGUCCCAUGAGCUAUGCCUGGCCCAGCAACUGGAGAUGGGUGAGUGAGGGGCCCUGAUUUUCUGGAAAGGGUGGGGGCCAGCGAGUGCUCCCUGUUCAACGCCAGGAUCACGUUUCCCCGCACGCUGGCAGGGGCGUCCCACGGGUGGUGGGCAUGAUGCCACCUGAAUGCCAGCGCUGCUCUGAGCUGGGAGCCGGCCCCAGCUCAGCCUCUGCGGGCUGAAGCGAGUUCCUCAGCCGCUGCGCUGGAGGCUUCCCGCAUCCUGCCUGGCUCCAGCAUCGCAGCCCAUCUGCCGGGCACCCUUCAGCACUGACAUGCAGGGGAAGACUGUGCCAGGGCAGCGGGCACAGGGCUGGAGGGGGGGCAGAGCUCCUUCCUCUGCUCUCUCCUGCCUGCGCACCCUCUCUGUAGCCCUCCCUGCUCUCCUCCUUUCUUAGAUGCCAGCUGGUUACCAGUGUACCAGCUGGAACCAGAACAUGUGGACGUCAUCCGGGCCUUUGUCAGCAGCCCAGAAAAGGACGAGGAACGGAAGCUCCAGUUCCUUAAAAGCAUCGCUGUGCUCUUCAGAGCCGCAACGUACAACAGCUUGUGCCAGGGCCUAGAGCUGUUCUGCCAGAGAUACAAACUGGCAGAGAAUAUCAAGGUGCUGCUGGAAGAAGAGCCCAGGGACCAACUGCACACAGCGGUGUGGCGGAGCGCCAUGUUUGCCAUGACCGAAAUGAGCUUCGUAGAGGCGGUGUUGGAGGGCAAAGAGAUAGGCCUCCUCCAAGUGUGCUUCUCCGGCAUCUUCCUGCUUCCUCCAAAAGAGGAAAUGCAGGACCUGAAACCUUUCCUGUACUUCACGACCAUGAAAGGCAUGGACACCAUGCUAUCUGCACUGGUGCUCAACUCUCCUGCCUCCAGAGUCAACGAGAAGAUGCAGAGUAUCUUCCAGAUGCUCCUGACCUUCACCACCUCUGAGAGGGCAUCUGUGCGUGAGAGGGCCGUGGGCAGGAUGAGGGUGCUCAGCUUCUUGCUGGCCAACUACUCCUCACUGAAGGCCGAUCCCAAUGAGGAGAGACACGCCUCCCGUGCAGAGAUGCAAAUGCCAAUCAUUGGACAGCUGCUGGGACAUCUCCUGCUACUCCUCUCCUUCAAGGAAGAAGAGACCGGCCACUUGGCUUUGGACGCUCUUUGUCUCCUCUUCCAAUUCAAGUAUCAGCAACACUGUGCGACACUGACAGAGGAGAAUACACAGCUCCAAGGGGACUGGGAAGCCGAGACCACCUCCUUGCGCACUUCGCCCAGUGCCACUCACAUUAUCGAGUCCUUUGCGGAGUACCUCCAGCCUUCUGAGAGGUCAGACAUUGUCCGGGUGUUCAUCGAGGCAACGACCGACUCCAGCACCUUUGACAAGGAGGCUGCCAGAAACGUGCUGGACAUGGUCAGGGGAAACCCUGACUUGUGGCUGGUGGAUGUGCCAAAGAUCACGAGCUGCAUCCACAAAACCCUGGGAUGCAUCAAGUCGGUCCCAGCCCGGCAGAGCGUGGAGUCCCUAAUGGUCUCCAUGGCUGACAAAUGCCCUCAGGAGGUGGUGACAACACUGCUGCAGGUCGCUCCAGGAGGAGACAGCACUGCCCUGGCACUGUGGGAGGCGAUGUUCUCCGUGCCCCAGACUGUGCGGAACAUUUUGAAGGAGCUGCUCAGCCAGCUCUGGGACCUGAAGAGCAGGCUCUUCUGCACACACCUGGAGGACUACUGCCUCGUUCGCUUGGCCAUGCUGGCCAGCAGAGAUCUGGGAGACAGGGCGUUUGCUGCAACCUACCUAGACUUCAGGUUCCUGAAGGAAGAAAGGCCAGCCAUGCUCUCCCUGGUGCUCAGGGCCAUCAUGACACUGUCCGAGAGAGACGAGAUGGCAAGAAAAAUGAAGGUCAUCCUGCCAGACCUCAUGAGGGUUCUGCUGUUUGGCUAUAAGGCUGCCACCACGAAGGCUCUGCUGGUCUUCAGAACCAUCAUGGCUCAGCUGGAGAGGAGGGAGGCCAGCCACAUCGCCGUGCAGAUGGCGGAAUUCCUCCUGCCCCUCUUGGAUGACGAGCUGAGCCAGCUGAGAGAGAGCUCCAUCAGUCUCUUCAGAGACCUGAUGAUGAUGACGGUGGGGAACGACAAGAGGGAGAUGAAGAACAUGGUGCGGCUUGGCCUGCUCCCUCUCUUCUUCCGGCUGAGUGACCAAACGCAGAGCGUGGCCAAGGCUGCUGGGGAAGCCCUUCUUGCUGCCGCAGAGCUCCUCAAGUGGAAACCACUCAAGCACCUAGUGCGGACACAGCAGACAUGGCAGAUUGGAGAGAGCUUGCUGAAGCAGGACAGGAGGAGAGCUCAAGAAUUCUUGAUUCAGAGCCUGUCGUACCUGAAGGAUGCUCAGGCCAGCUUGCGAGAGGCGGCCGUGAGGUUCAUCGGGCUCGCUGCACGGCACCUGAGGAAUCCAAGCAAGAAGAAGCUGGCUGAGAUCUGCAGCGCCCUUCAGACCUUGGCAGAAGACCACGAGCCCUCCAUCCGCUCCCUGGCAGCUCAAACUGUCAUCAUCAUCCUGAGCUCUUCGAGGGAGCAGCCAAGGCCACGAUGGACCCUGCGAGCCCUGUGCUGCCGCUGAUGCUGAGCCGUGUGGAGGAGCAGCUCUUCUCAGGAGAGUGGCUGGAUUUUAAUAAAGAGCCCUUCUUGAAGCUGGGUUUGACAUCUGCCUUUUCCAAGGACCCCAGAACGUCUCUGGGUGCACCGGCACUUUGGAGAGCACAACCCAGAAUCACAGGCAAGGGUGAUGGAGCAGACAGAAGCACUGGCAAUGAGCCCGUCCAAGGCAGCGGAGAUGAAGUCCACUGGGCCCAUGGGGUUUGUUCUUCGAGUCACACGUGGAAAUAGCAGGCUUCUCUCGGGUGUCCACAUCUGAGCUGGCCUCAUGCACUCCUUAUGUACCCAGGGAUGCUCAGAGACAGAGUCUGCCCCUUUUACACACAGAGGCAGGAGUCACAGUGUCUCUCUCACCUGCUGUUGCCACUCCCAAAGGAUGGGAGGCACCUCAGCCCUGCAGUGUGUCACCCUGCCUGCACUCAUCUCCGAUGUCCCAGCUUUUGCAUUUGCUAUGGUCAAAGCUGUAGCCCACAGCAGUCCUGAACAGGUAUCUAUGGACACAUGAAUGUACGUUUGUUGGCAAAGUGGUGCAAAUUCAGUAAUAUCAGUUUGCCAUAACUGACCUGGCUCAAGCCCCGAGGAUUUACUCCCUUUUGUUGGAGAGGCACUACGUGGGCACAAUCAGGACAAGCUGCAAUAACGGCUCAAGCUUGUUCCUAGGUAAGUGCAAGCUGUUUUCAGAGUGAUGCUGAGGAUUGAUGAAAGAAUUUGUGAGCUCGUCUGGCUUGUUCAAAAGGAGAUAUAUCCGUUACUGCCACAAGUUUGUCUAUAAUGCUGUUUCCCUCAACCAGACCACCUGGUAUGUUAGUAUGGCUUUUUAUAUGCAUUCUAAAUACUGGUGCUGUCCUAUAAUCUAACACAUUCCACAAAUCUAACAAUGCAACAAGGAAUUGGAAACUCGCUGCAAAAGAGUUCUAUGUAUUCUUUGUACAACUCCCACAACAUAAAGAGAAUCUGCUACCAGAUUAACUGGGCAGUUAUGUCAUUUUUGUAAUGCUGCUGAGUGUAUUGAGGGCAGUCUCUUUUAAGAUGUCCUGUCUGUCCACAAGUGAAACAUGCUAGGCCACAAGAAGAAGGGCUUCAACCUUUCAUUGCAGGCAUAAGUGCUGCAGCCAAGGCCACAGCGUGGGCUUGGGCAUGUAUUUUUGCCUUUUCUACCUCCUGUUGCAUAAUUGGUACCCGUGUGCAAGCUUCCACCAUCUCUGCUAGAGAAGCAGUUUUUCCCAAACUGGCUAACAUCUGUUGGCAUUGGGUGUUUGCAUUCAUCAUGGCCAAAUCUUUCCCCACAGACGCUUUUGCCUCUGGAGUCAGGUUAGGAGAGGUAUCUAUAGCUUCUUUUAAACGGUCCACAAACUUCAUACAGGGUUCCCCAGGAUCCUGCUUUAUUGUAGAACAGAGUGGCACAGGGUUACCUAUAUUUGGUAACUCUUUCACUGCUGCCAGAGCAAGCCCUUGUGUUUGCUGCAAAAUCCUUGGAUUAAGAGCUGCCUGAGUGGCACCAUCCGCAUAUCGCCCACGACCCAUUAACUGGUCCAUGCUGGCUAAUGGCAAUGGAUCAUCAGCUAGUAAAUGAACAUUUUCUAAUACUGCCAAUUCCACCUUCCCCUGCCACUUGUCCAACAACAGCAAAUAUCCCAUUGGAGGAAGCAAUAACACCAUCAAUGCCUUAAUAUCUGUUGGAGUUAGUACUUGCCCCUUGAAAAUUGAAUUGAUUAGCUGCAUCACGUGCUUAUUAUCCAUACCAUAUUGCAUAACUGCACUUUGCAAUUGCUUAACCGUUUUCCAAUCAAAGGACGACCACUGCCUUUGUCCUCUAUUAUCUAUGUGACUGGCAUUGCUAUAAUACUACCAAGUAACAUGAUCCCUUCAAUUGUUGCAUCUCUGAUUACCCCUUGCCGACGUUGCCCUGCAUUAUAAGGAUGAUCUCGAGGAAUAUAUCUACCCUGAUGCACAGGGGCAGCACCCAAAUUAUCAUUACUAUCACUGCUAUACAAUUCCCUUGUGUUUCCCUGUGGAUCAGUAAGUCAACGCAUAUUUGCAAACUGAUCUAACUCAAGUUUCCAGCCCUUUUCCAUAUCGCAAUCUCAAACAUUCAUCUACUUCUCUUACAAACCACAUCCCAUCUUAAACACAUUGUCUAGCCCAUUUUUGUAUUCGCUCCCUUUUAAUACGGAGCUCCUCAGGAGUGAGGUCUAAUUCCGCCCCCUCCCUUUCCUGUUUUCCCUGUUUUUCACAUUCCCUGACAAUUGCUUCCAGCCGGUCCUUAAUCACAUCUGACGCCUUUGUAUAUGCUAUUAACUGUGAGAUUUUACUGUUACCGCCAUCUAGUUGUUUCAUAGCUUUUAGAACUUCUUGCAUCUGGCUCUCCUGCCAUCUCAGUAAGUCCUUCAGGCUCUGCACGUGGCUCUCCUCCUGGAAGUCAGGGCGAUUCUGCGGUGCUUCAUCCUGUUGCUCCAUCGAGUCCUGGUCCGCUGGCAAUGGUACUUCAGCUGGAUUAACUUGUCCGUAAGAACUGAAGGCUGCUGAUACCACCUCUUCUGGAAAUGGGGAGGAGGGAGAGGGGGGAAGGAAAUAGAAGAAAUACUGCUUCAUUGCUAUUUAUUACUGAAAUGCUCUCUGUUUGGCUAUUCCUGAAAUCUCUCUAAUCAUCCACACCAGGCUUUAGGAAAAUGCUGCAGAAGAGCCUUGGCUUGUAAGGGCAUUUUGGAUGUUAAUGAGCCCUCUGCUGCCAUGCUCCUGAACUGCAGAUCCUGAAACAACGAACAAACCUCCAGCAAAGUAAAAGGCAGAAACGAUCUCAAGUUUCUGCAGGUGCUUGGGAUCCCACAAAGGGGGGAUCACUGACACAGCUCUGAAGGAAACAAGCAGUCCGUGUCCCUGGAGGAUGGUGAAGCAAAAGCCUGCAGACGCUGGUCACAGGUGGUAAAGGUGAUGUGGAGGUGGUUCUGAUGCCAUGUCAGCCCUUCAUGUUUGUUCAUCACGAGAAUGGCCGAGCCCUGACCCCCAGGGCCUGGCCAAGGAGAACUUUUCUCUCAAAUGUUUCUCAAGGCUUUGCCUGUGGUCACUGCGAGGGUAUUUGUGUUUGCGAUGGGGUUCGGUGCCAAGUGCUGUUGCUUUAACAACAAAGCUGUGGUUUUCUGAGGAUUUGGCAAUGCCUGUGAGGUCCCCCAAACCCAUUCAGCUUCUUUCGUAGGCCUGGCAAUGGUCCUCAACCACCUAAGCUGUCUCAGUCCCAAACUUGUUUGAAUCCGCAAUUUGGAUCUGUGCCCCAGCACUCAAAUGCACACGUUCCUUCUUCUGCCACCCCAAAAUAAAAAAGAAAAGCCAAUCUAUUCCACAUUAGCAUGACCAGCCCGUGCUCCUCAGGUGUUCUUCUUGCCUUUAACACACUUACUGCUACGCAUAGACCACUCUCUUCCUGCACUGCCAUGUCUCUCACUAACCUUUCACUCUUGUGACCUGAUGAGUCGCCUCUGUGUCUGUGUCCUUCCUGGAAGGUGUCUGUCCCGAGAAGGGGUUCCAGCUUCUGCCAUGAGAGGCACAUGAGAGUGUCCAUGUGCCUGGGCAGGAAAAGGGUGGCUUUUACCAGACCACCCUUCAUCUGAACCACUUAGAUAUCUUCUUCUGGAUGGGGAGAGGGGAGCAGGUUUUUUGUUAGUUUAUAGGUGGGUUUGGUUUUUGGUUUUGGUGUUUGCAAAAAUGGUUUAUCACUGACAUCACAGAGUGUUUGGGAUUGGAAGGGACCUCGAAAGAUCAUUUAGUCCAAUCCCCCUGCCGAAACAGGAGCGCCUAGAUGAGGGUACACAGGAAGGCGUCCAGGCAGGUCUUGAAUGUCUCCAGAGUAGGAGACUCCACAACCCCCCUGGGCAGCCUGUUCCAGUGCUCUGUCACCCUCACUGAGAAGAAGUUUCUUCUCAAAUUUAAGUGGAACCUUUUGUGUUCCAGUUUGUACCCAUUACCCCUUGUCCUAUCAUUGUUUGUCACCGAGAAGAGCCUGGCUCCAUCCUCGUGACACUCACCCUUUAUACAUGUGUCUGUAUCUGAGUAGCUGGCAAAAGUUUUUCAAAAAGGUCUCCUCAUAGACAUUAUUUGAUUGAAAUAAUUGUAUUUAUUUUUCAGAAUAGGCAAGAUUCCCUUUUUGGGAAGCAUUGUUUGUUGUUUUUUUCUCCACAUUGCUUCCUUUGAGAGAUGGUGUGAAUUUUGGGGUUGUCCUGUGCAGGGACAGGAGUUGGACUCGAUGAUCCUUGUGGGUGCCUUCCUAUUCUGGACAUUCUGUGAUUCUAAGAACAUAGAGAGAUGUCAACCGAAGAAACAUUCUCAUUGCUUACUCCUUCCCAUGAACUGAUCCCUUGGGCAUUUUCAGUAUCUCUGGGGCAAUGCAAAACAAAAAUAGAACCAGAGAACCGUUUUGGUUGGAAGAGACCCUCAGGUUCAUUGAGUUCAACCAUAACACAACUUUAGCACUAACCCAUGUCCCAAGAACCUCGUCUAAAUGCCUUUUAAACCGCUCCAGGGAUGGUGAAUGCACCACUGCCCUGGGCAGCCUGCUCCAAUGCCUGACAACCCUUUCCAGGAAGAAUUUUUUCCUAAUAUCCGAUCUAAACCUCCCCUGGCACAACUUAGAGGCCAUUUCCUCUUGUCCUAUAACUUGCUACUUGGGAGAAGAGACCAACACCCUUCCUGCUACAACCUCCUUUCAGGCGGUUGCAAACAGCAAUCAGGUCUCCCCUGAGCCUCCUGUUCUCCAGGCUGAACAGCCCCAGCUGCCUCAACCGCUCCCAUCACAACUUGUGCUCCAGCCCCUUACCAGCUUCGUUGCCUCCUCUGCACUCUCUGCUCCCUCAAUGUCCUUCUGAUGAUGAGGGGCCCAAAACCGAACACAGGAUUCAAGAUGGGGCCUCGCCAGUGCCCGGUACAGUGGCACAAUCACUUUUCUAGUCCUGCUGGCCACACUAUUCCUGAUACAAGCCAGGAUGCUGGUGGGCUUUUUGGCCACCUGGGCACACGCUGGCUCAUCUUCAGCCACUGUCACCAACACGCCCAGGUCCUUUUCCUUUCCAGCCACUCUCCCCUGAGCCUGGAGCGUUCAUGGAGUUGUUGUGACCCAAGUGCAGGGCCCGGCACUUGGCCUUGUUAAACCUCAUACAAUUGGCCUCAGCCCAACCAUCCAGCUUGUCCAGGUCCCUCAGUACAGCCAUCCAACCCUCCCGCAGAUCAACACUCCCACCCAACUUGGUGUCAUCUGCAGACUUACUGAGGGUGCACUCAAUCCCCUCAUCCAGAUCUGAUAAAGAGAUUAAACAGAACUGGCCCCAGUACUGAGCCCUGGGGAACAGCCCUCCUGACCGGCCACCAACUGGAUUUGCCUCCGUUCACCACAACUCCCAAAGAGCCCAGCCCUCCAGCCAAUUCUUUAUCCAUCGCAGAGUCUACCCACCCAGCCCAUGAGCUGCAGCUUCUCCAGGAUAAUGCUGUGCGUUAUGGUGUCAAAGGCCUUACUGAAGUCUAAGUACACAACAUCCGCAGCCUUUCCCUCAGCUACUGCUUGGGUCGUCUUCUUGUAGAACGACAUCAGGUUGGUCAAACCUUUCAUAAACCCAUGUUGACUAGGCCUGAUCAUACAGUUUUCUUGUAAGUGACGAGUGAUUUUACUCAAGAUCUGGGUACCUGGAGCACAACUGUUCUGAGUAUUAAAGACUGGGGCAAAGAAGGCAUUUAGUACCUCAGCCUUUCCACCUUUUUCACCCCUUCACCACCUGGGUUUCUCCUUUCAUGCUCGGCCAGCUCCAACACUUUGUCACGUGCUUACAUGGUUAGUUUAUCCUCAAGCCACUGAGAGCUUCUGUAAGCAGUGAGACAGCAGACACCUGAAACAAAGACCACCCUCUGUGCUACCCACCCUUGGAAAGCCCUAGAAAUCUCUACAGAGCCACCAAAGGGGCAGCUUCGCUGCUAUUCUGAGCAGCCAGCCAGGUGAACACGAGGCACUGGGACACCGUGGAGGGCAACAGGGAGGUCCCGAGGGGACAUGAGGGCAAUGGGGGGCCUGGAGACACCCCAAGAACACCCAGGUGCCCAGGGCUGAGCUGGCCUGUGCCUCCCAACGGGACACCCUGCCCCUCCCUGCCCAGGUGCAGGGUCACAGUGGGGCCCAUUGUGACCUCACUUGGUGACAACCACUGCACCGCAUGUGCUCAGCGCAGCUGCGGGCCCCAGCCCACACUGUCCGGCAGGACGGUGACAGGAGAGGGUGUGCGAGCACGGAGACGGCGAGUAGCCCCCGAGCGACAGCCCACCUCUUUCAGAGAAUUGGAGAAUCGGAGACUUCUUUUGGUUGGAAGCGACCCCUAAGAUCAUCGCAUCCAACCAUAUCCUAAUUCUAGCUGCCCCCGGCAGACUCCCCUCUGCCCCCGGCAGACUCGUGGCGAGGACUCCUCGAGCACAACCCACGUCUUUGCCCUCUGCCCCAGGCAGGCUCGUGGUGUCGCGCCAAAGCUUCCCCCUUCACCAGCCCAGCCUCUUUCCUCAAACCCGAAAGAUGGCAGAGAAACUUCUCAGGGUGGCCCUGAAGGAGGACAGGGCUCCUCAGGAGAGCAGCUCUCCAGUGGAGUCCCAUGAGCUAUGCCUGGCCCAGCAACUGGAGAUGGGUGAGUGAGGGGCCCUGAUUUUCUGGAAAGGGUGGGGGCCAGCGAGUGCUCCCUGUUCAACGCCAGGAUCACGUUUCCCCGCACGCUGGCAGGGGCGUCCCACGGGUGGUGGGCAUGAUGCCACCUGAAUGCCAGCGCUGCUCUGAGCUGGGAGCCGGCCCCAGCUCAGCCUCUGCGGGCUGAAGCGAGUUCCUCAGCCGCUGCGCUGGAGGCUUCCCGCAUCCUGCCUGGCUCCAGCAUCGCAGCCCAUCUGCCGGGCACCCUUCAGCACUGACAUGCAGGGGAAGACUGUGCCAGGGCAGCGGGCACAGGGCUGGAGGGGGGGCAGAGCUCCUUCCUCUGCUCUCUCCUGCCUGCGCACCCUCUCUGUAGCCCUCCCUGCUCUCCUCCUUUCUUAGAUGCCAGCUGGUUACCAGUGUACCAGCUGGAACCAGAACAUGUGGACGUCAUCCGGGCCUUUGUCAGCAGCCCAGAAAAGGACGAGGAACGGAAGCUCCAGUUCCUUAAAAGCAUCGCUGUGCUCUUCAGAGCCGCAACGUACAACAGCUUGUGCCAGGGCCUAGAGCUGUUCUGCCAGAGAUACAAACUGGCAGAGAAUAUCAAGGUGCUGCUGGAAGAAGAGCCCAGGGACCAACUGCACACAGCGGUGUGGCGGAGCGCCAUGUUUGCCAUGACCGAAAUGA